CCUGGACUAGCCCCUUUAGCAUCUCUUUUUAACAGUUUGCUUUUACGCAGCGGCAGCCCGCUUAAAGUUGGGUUAUGUUUACAAACAUUUUUAACGCUCGUGUGAUUCCAUUGUAUUUAUUUAAUUUUUGUAUCAAGUUGAUAGUAUUCGGAGGCGAAUACGUGUUUUACUGAAUCUUUCAGCACAAUGGUAAAAGUUUGCAUUUACUGCAACAGAAACUAUCCGGAUGGAAAUAUCACAUUUCACAAGUUUCCGAGUGACAAGGAACGUCGAAAAAAAUGGUUGAGUGCGAUGAAACUUCCGUGUGAAGAUAUCGAUAAAAACAGUUAUUUAUGCAGUGAGCAUUUCGAGCCGAUCACCUAUUCUUGUCAAAUUGUAAAUAAUGUAGUUCAUAGGUUCUUAUAUAUAGAAGCUGUGCCGAGCAUCUUUAAAGAAAAUAUCAGUACAAAAAUCGGUGUCGAUAGUGACUCCAGUAAAGAUGUUCAAAUUUCACAAGAAAACGAAAAUGCUGGCACGAUGCAAGCUUGUAAACAAAAUCUAAUUGAGGAUGAGGACUGUUACUAUUACAAAAUUUUGAAUGGUAUUAUUCACAGAAUUCUAAAAACAGAUCUAAAUACUUUUGAUCAAGCGCCAAUCACCAGGCUCACCACAGACGAAACCCCUUCUGAUAAAAUACAAAAUGAAAUCAAUCCGGGUUUAAAUACAGCGAAAUCUGAAAUUAAACUAAUACAGGAAGCAGUUAAUGUGGAAGACUCCGCGAAAGUCAAAGUUUUGCCUCUCUUUCCACCACCUAUGCAAAUUUGGAAUGGAGAAAUGGAUUCCAAGGAAGCCGUUUGUGAUUUUAAGACUGACCAGAAUCAAGUUCAAGAGGCAAAAUCUAUUUAUGAAGAUAUAAGAAUGGAUACAGAUGACGUGAACCUCGAGAUUAUCAACAAUUACUCUCAUUUAAAUGGAUUACAUGAAAUAGAAGUAAGUUCUUAUGAACCUGAGGAUUUCCCAAAUGGAUCAAAUAAAAUUGAAGUCAGUUCUUAUGAACCUGAGAAUUUUCAGAAUGGAUUAAAUGAAGUAGAAGUAAGUUCCUAUGAACCUGAGAAUUUCAAACAUGAAUUGAAUGAAGUAGAAGUAAUUUCAUAUGAUCCCGAGAAUAUCGAAAAUGGAUUAAAUGAAGUUGAAGUGAGCUCAUAUGAACCUGAAAAUUUAGAGGAAAAACAUCAAGUGGAAACAUCCAUUUCGAAAGAUUGUGCAAUGGAUACGGAAGUUCCAGAAAACUUGAGUAAAGAUAUUGUUGAAGAAGAACCACCUUAUGAACCUGUGCCUAAAAAGACUCGCUUUCGCAAAAGAAAGUAUAGCACGAGUAAUGCCGAUGAGAGCAUUGAGGACAGAUCCAUAAGAAAUCUACUUUACAAAUGCUUGGAAAACAAAGAUAGAACCGAUCUAGACGUAAAGCUUAAAAAAUAUACUAAGUGUAAGUUAAGUCAACUACUGAAAACAGCCUUAAAUUAUAUAGAAUGCCUGGAGGAUAAGCUUACAAUAACUACAGAGAAAAAUACACAGUACGAAAUGCAAAUACUAGAACUAGAAAACUUGCUACAGUCCAUUGGCGAUACCGAAACCAAGCAAAAGUAGUAUUUAAAAACUUAAGUAGGAAACAAAUCAAUUUUCCAUACUUGAUUACGAACCAAGCAAAAAUAUCCUUUAGAAUCUUCCAAAACAUGUAAAUAUUGUGAAUAUUCGAAAACUUACACUGUAAAAAGUAGAAUGUACUUUUCUUUCUUUGAAACUGACAAGAGAGAAAUUUUAUUUUUAAUAUCUGUAUAUAAAUAUGAAUUAAAAUUAUAA